AUGACGGCCCGCACAGAAGAAAGGUUUACUUUAGAUGACUUUAUGAAGCUUGAAAAAAUAGGUGAAGGGACUUAUGGCGUAGUGUAUAAAGGCCAAAAUAUUAAAACAGGGCAGAUGGUUGCCAUGAAGAAAAUCCGUCUAGAAAGUGAAGACGAGGGAGUGCCGGCUACGGCUCUUCGUGAAAUUUCUCUCUUACGCGAACUUCUCCACCCAAAUAUUGUUGCUCUCGAAGAAGUCAUCAUGCAAGAAGAGAAAUUGUAUUUGAUAUUCGAGUUUUUAUCUAUGGAUUUGAAAAAAUUCAUAGACACAAUUCCGAAAGACACUAUGAUGGACCCUUAUUUGCAGAAAUCGUACCUUUAUCAAAUUCUGCAAGCAAUGUGUUUUUGUCAUCAGCGCCGUAUUUUGCACAGAGAUCUGAAACCUCAGAACUUAUUAGUAGACAGCAAUGGUAUAAUAAAGCUUGCGGAUUUUGGGCUUGCUCGAGCUAUCGGUAUUCCAGUACGGGUUUAUACCCACGAAAUUGUAACUUUAUGGUACAGGGCUCCAGAAAUUUUACUUGGAUCUCAGCGAUACUCAAUGUCGGUAGAUAUUUGGAGCAUUGGUUGCAUCUUUGCUGAGAUGGCUUUGAAGAAGCCCCUUUUUCAAGGCGAUUCAGAAAUUGAUGAGCUCUUUCGCAUAUUCAGAGUUCUGUCUACCCCAACGGAGGAGGUUUGGUCUGGGGUAACUUCUCUUCCCGAAUUUAAACCCUCGUUUCCAAAAUGGACUGAUAAUCAGCUUCAAAAAAAAGUUAGCGAUUGCAUGAACCCAGACGCUAUUGACUUACUGCAGAAGAUGCUUAUUUUUGACCCGGCAAAGCGAAUAUCUGCGAAACAAUCUCUUUUACAUGAGUACUUUGAUGGCCUUGUCAAAGAGUCAUUGCCAGCCACGAAUUUUCACUGUUAA